UUUUUUUAAAUUAAAAAAUUAUUAUUAAAUAGAUAAUUAAACAGAAAAAACAACAAUUUUACAUAUAUUUAUUUUUGCCACGUGUUUUUUUAUUGAUCAUUUUUGCCACGUCACGUGAAUAUAACACACUCUUUAUAUAUAUUUUGUUGAUUAGGUAAAAAAUAUCUAAUUGGAAUAAAAUUAGGUAAUUUAGGAGUUUAAUAGAUAUAAAUCUUAAUUUAGGAAUCUAAGUAAAUUUUAAAAAUAAAUUUGAGCGUUAUCAAUGAGUUUGACCUAAUUUUAUUAUAUCAUGUGUAUUGGAUAAUGAAUACUUCAUCCGUGCCAUAUAAGUUGUAAUCUAAUUUAUUCCCUUUUGAGUUUAGUUUGUCCAUUGGUUUUGUACCAAUUUUACUGAUAAGAGAGAGAGACCACAAUCUGAAAGCUUGAAAAGUAGUAGCUUUUAUUAUGAGCGGGGGGGAACCAGGGAUUUUGAGUGGCAAAAAUUGUAGGGGAAUUUGUGCGAAUGAACAAGGAAACACAAACAAAAAAAGCAUGAAAAGAUGGAGGAAGCUAAGGGACACAUGGAGAUUCCACCGGGACAAGUAUAACAGCAACAACAAAAAUGGAAACUAGUACUAUGUUCCAUAAUACUGAAAAAUGUUCUAUUCGGGUUCAAAGAAAAAAUAAAUGGGUCGAAGAAAAUUGGAAAUAAAGAGAAUUGAAGAUAAAAGAUGUAGACAAGUUACUUUCUCUAAACGGAGAAAAGGUCUAAUUAAGAAAGCCAAUGCACUCUCUAUUCUCUGUGAUGUUGAUGUUGGUGUUGUUAUAAUCUCCAACAAUGGCACUGCCAGACUCCAUGAAUACUCCAGCACUAACAGUGUGACAGGGAUUCUUCAACGAUAUGAAAGCCAUGUUGAAACAGAAAAAGAGAUCUCUGCAGAAAUCCAGGUCACAGAGCACUCUAAAUACUCAAGUAUGGCAACCCGAGAACUGCUCCAAGAAACAGAAAGGCAACUCGAGAAAACUAACGCUGAUCUCGCUGUGACUGACCUUAUCCAUUUGGAAAAUGAACUUCAAGCUGCUCUAAUACAAAUCAGAUCUAGACAGACAAAUUUGCUGCUUGAAUCUGUUAAGGGUCUUCACGAGAAGGAAAAACUGCUGAGAGAGGAAAACAAACAUCUGGAGGACAAUAUAGCUACUAUGAUCAAGAAAAACAGAAGAGGGAAUGAGAUGUCUGACCUUCAACCACAGAGAGUGACCCUGAAUUUCCUCUAGUGAUUAUACUCGUAUUUGUCAAAUAGCCUUGCAAAGGAUACGUGGUUCCUGUAUUUAGUUUCAUUUUCGCACAUGAGAUAAGCAGGGACUUCAGACAUAACUAGCAAUGUUGUGUUAUUUCAGUAAAGACUAGUUGUUCAUGACCGCGAGAGCGGUGGUACCAAAUUGAGGCAAACUAUAAAUACUAGAUGUGAUCUCAAAAUAACAAGGUCUCAAGGUCGACUGUCCAGCCGUGUAAUUAAUGAGGUGAAGAUAAAACUUUGUUUCUAUUGGAUGAUCACUCUUGAGAAAUACCCUGCA